CGAAGGACAAUCGCCUUUCACCUUUGAGCUCUCUUCCACACCAGCAUCGACCCAAGCUUGCCAGGCGCAAGCAGUCCCGUCUCCCAACCCAUAUCAACCGGCAGCGCUCUCCCAUUCUUCUCGUCCUCGUAGAUACUUUCGUCCUGCUGCCUCACUCGCUCACUCGCCUCGCCGCCAUCUCUCCUUCUUCCCGCCGUCCCAACUAGCGCAUUGCGCCGACGACAAUAACGACAAUACAACAACAGCAACGAGACUAACCCACGACGACAAAAGCAACCAGAACAAUGACCUUCUCUAAGACGCUCCCGCGCCUGGGCGCGCUCCUCGCGGUCGGCGCCGCGACGGCCGCUCGCGCGGCCUACACGCUGCAGGACGCGUACGACCAGACCAACUUCUUCCAGGGCUUCGAGUUCUUCGACGCGCCCGACCCGACCAACGGAUUCGUAAAGUACCAGUCGGCGCGCGGCGCCAACGACGCCUCCCUCGCCGGCUACGCCAGCGACGCCGUCUUCCUCGGCGUCGACUACACCACCGCCAACCCCCAGGGCGGCCGCAACUCCGUCCGCGUCCACUCCAAGAAGACGUACAACGGCGGCCUCAUCGUCGCUGACAUCGCCCACCAGCCCGCCGCCCAGUGCGGAACGUGGCCCGCGUUCUGGACCGUGGGCCCCAACUGGCCGUUCGACGGCGAGAUCGACAUCAUCGAGGGCGUCAACCUGGCGACCAACACGACGUACACGCUGCACACGGGGCCGGGGUGCACCUUCACGCAGGGCGACUGCAACGCGCCGGGGACGGGCCACAUCGGGUGCGGGGCGGCGAGCGGGGACACGCGGACGCUGGCGGACGGGUUCAACGCGGUGGGCGGCGGGGUGUACGCGGUGGAGUGGACGGCGUCGGCGAUCAACGUGUUCUUCUUCCCGCGCGACGGGGAGAUCCCCGCGGACAUCGCCGGCGGCGGCGCCGACCUCGACCCGAGCAGCUGGGGCCCGCCCGCGGCCUCGUUCGCCGGCGACGGCUGCGACAUCGCCAGCCACUUCCGCGACCACCAGAUCGUCUUCGACACCACCAUGUGCGGCGACUGGGCCGGCCGCGAGUUCGCCGCCGACCCCGUCUGCGGCGCCAAGGCCGCCUCCUGCGAGGAGUACGUCGCCGCCAACCCCGCCGCCUUCGCCCAGUCCUACUGGCUCAUCAACUACGUCAAGGUCUUCACCGACGGCCAGCAGCAGAAGCAGCAGCAGCAGCGCAAGCGCUUCUCUGCGUAGGCGCCCGCUACCCCCGGGUGAUAUCCCGUGUGGCGUGCAGACGGCCGGACAGACAGACGAACAUCGAGAGAGGCAGGGCCGAUCGACCCGUCUGGACGUGUCUGGUUCGUUUGUGGGUUUCUGGCCCGUUUGUGACAGUGGGGUUACGGCGUUGAGGACUAGACACCACAAGAGGGCGAGGAAGAAAAAAAGGGG